AAAAUGAACCGUGGGGAAGUUAAACAUAAAUCUAUGUUGCAAUAUAAGCUUCUAUUAGUGGAAGACGAACUUGUGGAUAAUGAAUAUGUAGAAGGUGAAUAUAUAAAAAAUAAACAUAUGCAAGACAAGUGUUUAGAAGGUAAAACUUUCAAACCAAUGGAAGAUGAAUUUAAAGAAGUUGAAUAUGUGAAAGUUGACUUUGUUAAAGGAAAAGCAGUUGAAUUUGUGCAAAGCGAACGUGUCGAAGUUGAACUUGUAGAAGGUGAAGUUGUGGAAGACGAACUCAGGAAA